CACGCCUACGCGGCGAUGAUGUACAUGGGCACGCCGCGGGACUACGAGUUCUACGUCGCCGUGCGCGUCAUGAUGCGCUCCCUCGCAAACCUCGGCGCCGACGCCGACCGCGUCCUCAUCGCCUCCGCCGACGUGCCAAGCGACUGGGUACGCGCAAUGAGGGAGGAGGACGGCAUGAGGGUUGUGAUAGUGGAGAACCUGAGGAACCCCUACGAGGGCAACCUUGGAGGCAUGAACAGGAGGUUCAAGCUCACGCUCAACAAGCUCUACGCGUGGAGCCUGGUCGACUACGAGCGCGUCGUCAUGAUCGACUCCGACAACAUCUUCCUCCACAACACCGAUGAGCUCUUCCAGUGCGGCCAGUUCUGCGCUGUUUUCAUCAAUCCGUGUUACUUCCACACGGGUCUUUUCGUGCUCCAGCCUUCUAUGGAUGUAUUCAAGAGCAUGCUUCAUGACCUGGAAAUCGGCCGUGAUAACUCUGAUGGUGCAGACCAAGGCUUCCUGGUCGGCUGCUACCCAGACUUGCUUGACAAACCAUUGUUCCACCCUCCUGAGAAUGGCACCAAACUCAACGGGACAUAUCGCCUUCCUCUCGGCUAUCAGAUGGACGCAUCAUACUACUAUCUCAAGCUUCACUGGCAUGUUCCAUGCGGACCAAACAGUGUGAUCACAUUCCCUAGUGCCCCUUGGUUCAAACCUUGGUACUGGUGGUCCUGGCCCAUCUUGCCAUUGGGCCUUUCAUGGCACAAGCAACGAUGGGAUGAUCUUGGUUAUGCUGCUGAGAUUCCGGUGGUCCUUAUAGAGCUGCUGAUGUACAUUGCGAUCAUAGCCAUCACCAGAUUAGCAAGGCCACAGAUGACAAAACUGUGCUACAAUCGGCGACCUGAGAAACAAGGCGCCCUGGUACAGGGACUAAUCAAGCUGGCUGCGAUUGUGGCCAUGGUGGCAGCAUAUACCAUCCCAUUCUUCAUAAUCCCAUGCACGGUUCAUCCAAUUAUUGGCUGGUCCUUGUACCUGUUUGGUGUCCUCGCCUUCUCAUCGGCUGUGAUCAAUGCAUUCCUGCUGCCGCCGCUUGCGGUGCUGACUGCCUGGCUCGGGAUGGUUGGGAUGCUCUUUGUUAUGGCAUACCCAUGGUACCAUGAUGGCAUCGCGAGGAUUCUGGUAGUCGUCGCAUACGCGUUCUGCUCUGCACCAUUCUUGUGGGCAUCCCUCGUGAGGGUGAUAGACUCAUUACAAACAAUGCUCGAGAGGGAUCCAUACUUCCCCAGACUUAGUGAACCAGCACAGGAGACUGAAUUCAGCAAGCUGUUCUGAUUCUUUUGUAUAGGUUUGAGAUGCAUCAUCAUGAUUCAUAUGGAGUUUGAGAUGCACCAUCAUCAUUCAUAUGGAUAGCUAAUCCAGAUUGGUUGGUUCUUAUUCGUUCUGAUAAUUUCGUCUCAGGCAAUGCAGUUUGUAUCAGAAGUAUUAUGUAAACAUUGCUUGCAGCAACCAUGUUUGAUGCAUAUACAGGAAAGAUAGAUCAGUUGUAGUGAACUGUAGAGGGGCAUCUUUUCAUUGCAUGUAGUGGUGAAGGGACCGUUGUAAAAA